UCGGCCGGCCAGCCAGGCGGUGGCGGAGGCUCCUGCGGCGGUAACCGGCAGUGGGUCUGGGGCUCCUCUGGGCCAGUCGCGUCCAACGCUUUCGGCGUUCUGCUUCCGCGCCAGCCUACCUCGCUCCUCGGCGCCAUGACCACCACCACCACUUUCAAGGGUGUCGACCCCAACAGCAGGAAUAGCUCCCGGGUUUUGCGGCCUCCAGGUGGUGGAUCCAAUUUCUCAUUAGGCUUUGAUGAACCAACAGAACAGCCUGUGAGGAAGAAUAAAAUGGCCUCUAGCAUCUUUGGGACACCUGAAGAAAAUCCCCCUUCUUGGGCCAAGUCGGCAGGUGCCAAGUCUAGUGGUGGCAGGGAAGAUCUGGAGUCAUCUGGACCACAGAGGAGGAACUCAACUGAAGCAAGCUCUGGAGACUUCUUAGAGCUGAAGGGUGAAGGUGACAUUCAUGAAAACAUGGACACAGACCUGCAAGGCAGCCUGGGGCAGAGUGAAGAGAAGCCUGUGCCCGCGGCGCCUGUGCCCAGCCCCGUGGCCGCGGCCCCUGCACCAUCCAGAAGAAACCCUCCUGGUGGCAAGUCCAGCCUGGUCUUGGGUUAACUGACUGUCCUGAACUCUGUCAUUUUGUUUGUUUGUUUUCUUCAUGCUUGUGAACUGCACAACUUGAGCCUGACUCUAUAUCUUUUGAAUUUGUUUCAUUAAAAAGAAGCACUUUAUGUA